UGAAAUGGCAAGCGAGACUUCUUUUACCUCUUUGUUAGAUGAUUCGAUUUCGGAUAAUGACAAAAGUAUCGAGGAUUAUUCGUCCAAGUUAAAAAUAUCCUUUAGAAUAAUGUUACAUUCUAAUUUUUUAAUAUUGUUGCUCUUAAUGUUGAUUUUUCUUAACGUCAUUAUGAUCACGAUGCCUUGGAGAAUUUGAUCAGCAGAUACGACGCAGAAUCAUUGCAGCAAGCUCUGCAACAAUCUUUGUCUUCAUGCUCGGAUAAUCUACUGGAUAAGAAAAUUUUCAACGAAACGCUCCCUUUCGCCUAUAAUCUUUUAUCCGAGGCUCUAAAGAAAAUUGAUGAGAUAGUAAAUGCAAAUCUGGAUGGAGAUACGGUGGAGGACGCGAAACGACAAUUGCUCGUGUGUCACGAAUUAUUGAGCGUAUGGGAAAAAUCUAUGGAACGCGUGUCGGAACUUCAUAAAACAACUGCCAUUGAUCUUAAGUGCAUAGUGGAGAACGUGCUUCUUACGAUUAAAUUAAUAUUCGAACAUUGUAGAGCAAGUAAAAAAUUAUACGGUACUUUAUUCGAGGACGUAUCGGAGGAAUUAACGAGCCUCUUUCGCAAGGUGAAAACGAUCUUGAAUCUAUUUCUGGCCACUUUAGACGGUGUAAUAGUCUUCGACACGGAUACGGAAUCGGAAACGGAACUGUUGAUAAAAGUGAUCGAUUCGAUCGGAUUGUUCGCCACCGUUGCGCACGAAUUGGAUCUGAAAACGUUCGUAGAAACGUCGAAGAUGUUUGGCAAAUUAGCGAUUGUAAACGAACAUCACGUAAAACAAACGAAUGUCACGAGCGUCACGCUGCACCUUGCCCAAUUAACAAAAGACAUAUCGUCCAUGCUUUUAUUUUGCCAGGAUCCAACUGAUCGAGUCGAAGAACGAAAAAUAAAAGUUAUUGGUCAUUCGUUAAAAAUUUUGGACAGAUUAUUUGCCGUCUAUUGUUCACACGUGAAUAACGAAAUCCUCUCGUUUGCGAUCGAACUUUUAUUAAAAAUGCACAGGUGCUCCCCAUUAUGUUUAAAAAAAUCGCAGAUCGACAGCAAUUUAAUCGAAUUAAUAAACGUUCAAAUCUCGAAGGGGUCCGAGCCACUUUUAAAUACCAUUUUCAAAUCGUCUGACUUUAAACAGGUUUUCUUCGAUUAUGGAAAUCAGACGAAUGUUGAUAAAUUAGGCUACCAUUUGUUAACGAUUAAUAUCAUGAAAAAACUAAUUAACAUGCCAUACGAGCAUCAUUGUAAAUGGACAUUAGGUGCUGAAUCGAUUAUCGAUGUCGAAGAGAUUUGUGUGGGUCAAGUGAGAUUACCAGGUAUACACGACAUUGGUGAAAGACCGAGAUCUGCUUCGAUAUACGAGGCUACGAUAGUACCAAUUUGUGGACUGAUCAGCCAAAUUCCUCCAGACGGAUUUCAUGCUAUUGAAUUGAUUUUAUUGAAAUAUUUGCUAGGCAAUCAAUUUUGGAGUUCUUUGCUCAGCUCAGAUAUUUGGUGCUUUGUUGACCGUAUUGGCUCUUCAGAACUUUGUGCCAAUCACGUGAAAUACUUAUUGAACGUCUAUGCUGUUUUAAUGAAACGUAGUAACAGUUUCGAAGUCGUUAUGUUGGAGAGCUUAAUUGGAAGAUUGUACAAUUUGCUGUCGGAGGAAGCGAAGCACACCCUUAUCAUGGAGCUCGAUGAUCUUGAAAAUCCAUUCUGGUUGCCUGUCGCGCGGUUUUUGCCCUCCAGAACGAAACUAUUCUUGCAGAAUCGACUGGCGUGCGUAUUAAACGAGAUCCCGCGCACUUUCGCUGAAUUGCAGCGGCAACCCACUGUACAAAAUUGGAAUCGUAUCACAACGCUGAUGCUAUUGAUCGGAAAACUUAGUUACACGGAUGAGAGAAAUACUAUUGAUAUUCUAUCUCAGAUAUGGAACUCUAUUGCUAGCACAAUCGAAAUUUUCGAAGGCAGACAAUUGGAUAUAUUAUCGGAAUUUAUGUCGAAACUAUUCAGUGCUACGCAACCUGAAAAAAUUCAGGACGAUACUUUCUUCUCGAUUCUAGAUGCAGUUUUAACCUCACUUUCGUAUUUUCCGCCAUAUGUGAAGGCGAUAGCGUCACACUAUUUGCAGAAUAAUAUCGACUCUCUUGACUGCUGUGGAAUCAAAACGAUUAAUGCCUUAUCAGAGUUCAAUUGUCGACUUCUGGAAGAUGAAAAUCCAUGGGUACGACAAGAAGCUUUUGAAUCGUUUGAUCAUGUUGCUCAUAUGUGUCCGAACGAAGAACUCGUCACUAAAAUGGCAGCUGCGAUAACAAAAAAAUCAUCAUUGAGAGAUUCUUUACCGGCUUAUCUUUCUGGCACGACUUAUUACGAACUUCAUGAUUUCUCGAAUGUUGAUGGCUACCUGCAGCAAAUAGCCAAGCAUGCAAAAAAUGUUUGCCAUAUUUGCAACAAUUACGAUGACUCUCAGAGGGACGAAAAGCUUGCUAAAUUGGAAAUCGAGUCCAUCGAUGAAAAUUCGUCUUUAAAUGAUCUCGAUGAAUACGUGAGCAAAAUAUGUGACGAAUUAAAUGAUAUUUUUAAAAAACAUAACGACAUCGGAAGUCACAUGUUACAAAGAUUAAGACUAAUUUGCGCGAAGAUUUUGGAUCUAACUCAAUAAAAAUAAAUCUUAUUUUAACACAUUUUGAAUAAUAAAUUGUAAUCUUUCUUUAUAUCGUGAGAAUAAGUUAAUGAAUGAGUUAACAUGAGCAAAUGAAUUAAGAAAUAAAUAUAAAUAUAUUUUUUUAUUUUCAUUACUGAUUUAUCCACCGACAAUUUUUUUUAAAUCUAAAAAUUAAAUUUUUAAAUUAAAUUUUAAAUUUUUAAAUUAAAUUUUUUACAAAUCAUUCUCGAAUCUUCUGUAUAAUUACCAUAUUGAAAAAUAUGAUCGAAAAGUAUUGAAUAAUUGAUAAUAAAUAUAUUUAUGUUGUCUUGAAGAUGUAAAUAAUUAUGUAUAUUUACUGCAUAUAUUAAGUAUAGCAUGCAUAUGUAAAGAAAAACAUAUUUUAUAUGAAAUAUUUUAUAUAAAAUAACAGGUGACAAUUAAAAAAUUAAAAAUUAUUAAAAUAUGUUUUCAUUGAUAUCUAACUAGCUAAAAAAUGUAGCUAAAAAAUGUAUAUCUAACUAGCUAACUAGCUAACUUAAUUAUUUAUGUCGGUUUUAUUUUUAUUCUCAAUGCGUUUCUUAGAAAUAUUGCUUAUAAAUAUUGCAUUUCUUAAUAGCUGCAGAGGUUGUACGAGUUUCUGAACAUUAUAUAUACUACUAACAGAACUCUGCCAAUCAGUUGAAACAAUUAAGUCGUCUGCAAUACUACACGUUUAAAGUGUGUUCAAUGUUGUAGUUCUAAGUGCAUGUUUAAAAAGUAUAAUAAAAACUUAAAAAGUACUAUAUAAAGUAUAUAAAGUAUAUAAAGUAUAUAAAGUAUAAUAAAUAACUUAAUAAUAAAGUAUAAUAAAUAACUUAUGUUUGUAAUUUAAAUAUCUGUUUUUUUCAUUUAAAUGGAAAAUAACAGAGAAUUAGAGAGACAUUUUCGUGACGAUACAGUACUUAAUAAAAUAAGUAAAAUGUUUAUAUCACUGCAACAAGAAAAAUUACACACAAUUAAUAUUUUCUUAAACCAGGUAAUUGAAACCUUAAUUAAACAUAUGAAAGGAAAAGAUUCAUUAUUUGAAAAAAUGUACAAAAAAAUUAUUUACUGUGGCAGUUUUUAUAAAAACACAAAAAUAGAAGAACCAAAUGAAUUUGAUUUAAAUAUUAUUUUGGAGAUCCCUAUUAAUAAUUCUAGUAUUAAUUUUUGUCCAGUUUCGCCAGCUUAUGUUAAAUUAUCUAUAGAUACAGAUAAUAUACGAGCAUAUAAUACAGCAAAAGUUCAUCAUUUAACAAGUCAGGAAAGAAGGACACUUGAAAAAUUAAUUUUUUAUGGCAUUCUGAAACCAAGUAGUUUUCGUUGUUGGAUUAAAAAAAUUGUAGAUCAAGUUAUUAAUACUUUACCAAGGAUUGGAAAUCAACGUGAAUUAUCAGUCGAUGAUUUUACAGUAAAAAUUAGAAAAAGUGAAAAUGGCCCUGCUAUUACAUUAAUAAUAGAUGUUCCACAUCAUAUUGAUAUUGAAAUUGAACGUAUAUCUAUUGAUUUAGUACCAGCAUUAUCAUUUGAUAUAAGAGUCAUUGAACGACUUACGUCAAAAUUUCAUAUACUUAAACAGUGUCGAAAUAAAGAAUGGUUUGCAAUUCCAAUACCAGAAAAGGAUAGUAAGUUUGUUGACAGUCAUCGUUGGAGACUUUCUUUUUGUCAUCAAGAAAAUGAAAUACUUAAAAUGUAUGGUCCUGCGAAACCAAUUAUACGUUUAAUGAAGAAAUUACGGGAUACACAAAAGUGGAAAAAUAUAGCAAGUUACUACAUCGAAACAGUGUGUGUAAAUAAAUUAUCAAAGAGCGAUAUGGAUAUUAAAACAUCUAAAACAUUACUUUUUUUUACAAUACUUAAAGAAUUACAUCAUGCUUUUGAUCAACAUAAGAUAGAAUAUUUUUGGAACGAAAAGCAUAAUUUACUAUCCAAUAUUCACAGUACUCAAAUGUGUAAUAUAGCUAAUCGUUUAAGAAGAAUAAUAAACGAUAUUGAAAAGAAUGCAGAGAAUGAUGAUUUCAUAUUGGCAAAAUAUAUUUUUUCAGAGAAAACAGAAAUGACAAAUGAUGCAGAAAGGACAAAUAACUGUUGUAUAAUUCUCUAAGUGAAUUCUAAUCAUAGAUUUUUUUUAUAGGCAUUCCCAUAUAAACAAUUAUAAAUAUUUUAAUAAUAUUUAUAAUUUUUAAAUAUUUUAUAAAUUCUUAUAUUUUUAUUGUAUAAUUUUUAAAUACUUACAAUUACAUUUAUAAUAUUAUAUUAUCAUAACAUAACAUUAUCUUAUAUUAAAUUUUUUAUCUUUUUGAACUAUUUUU